UUCUGAUUUUUUUAUUCAAUUCUUUUCUGGCAUGUGAUUUUUGAACGAAAAAACAAAUGUCAAAUUACGCAGCUCAAGGACGGACCAAGAAAUCAAUCGCGGAGUGUGUCAUUCCCUUUUCAAAUGUAAAUACGAAUUAGAAACACGUACAAUUAACUAAAAAUGACUAUGAAUUGAAAUAAAAGUGUUGUUUAAUAGUGUUAGGUAUAUAUUAUGGCACUGUGCUACUAAUUAUUAUGUAUUUAUUAUGAAGACUCGAUGAAAUCUUAAACAUAAACAAUUCGUGAUGAAGUGGCUGAUUAUUACCGCUUUGCCAGUGUAUUUGGCUAUAUCGUGGUACAUUCCUCUAUUGUGGAGUUUAUUUUAUCUAACAAUAUUAUGUGUUUUCCUUGUCGUGUCUGUUUUUAUGUUGACACUUUGGGGUCAUGUCGCUCUUUCCUCUCCUCAUCAGACCUCAUUAUUUUUAGUAGAUAGAGUAGAAAAAGAAAUGCGGCAUCUAGAAGAGUCAUUAAAGGAAGACCAAACUAAUUGGCCACAUACUAAAACUAAAACACAUUUACCGGUUAUUUUCGGGCGUACUGUUGAUAGUCAAUUACAGCAGUUAAUUGACAAUGUUUUAAGAGACUUUGUAACUCGCUGGCUAAAGGAGUGGUCUCAUAAACCAGAACCAGUGAUCGAUAAAUUUAAAGAGCAUACUUGGGGCGCAAUCCAGAACUUGUAUGAGAGAUUGUUACGUGUGGACGCUGAAAAGUUAUUAGCCAGUGACAUGGUCACAAAGAUAACUCAGCAUUUUGAAAGAAUUCGAAUCGCUCGGAGCUGUGCAUUGGAAUUGAAUCAGGCCCCAGUGUUUGCUUUGGCCCCACACCUGAUGUCGUGCGAGACUGAGCUGCACUACCUGAGACAGAUCAGUGAGCUCAUCAUCAUGUUUCUGAUGCCGCGAUGCUACUCGUUGGCGCCGGCGUCGCAUCUCAUGCGGGAAAUACUGGCUUGUAAAGUAUUACAACCCGCGAUAGACCUGCUGACCGAGCCAGAUUACAUAAACCAAAAGAUAAUCCAGUAUUUGGAGGCGCAAAAGGAAGUGAACGCCAUGCACGUGAGAACGCACGAAUACGCGAAGACGUUCGAGGAUUACAUACGGCUCAUCAACAACUGCAAUAAUGUCGACACGCUGAAACGGUUACGGUACGACAUAGUCACGCAAAUAAUGCAAGCGACGACCUUACAAAACGUCAAACGCGCGAAGGGCGUAGACAUCGACGCGAUUGAGAAGCCGUCAUCGCAACACAACGUCAGCAGGCAACAGAUAGCUGACGCCAAGAAGCUGAAACGCUACAUCAGUCAGCUGACGAUCGCUAAGGCGGAGUGCGAGACAGCCCUGAGGAAGUUGGGCUGGGAUGGCGCUUUUCCUACUGUUAACGAAACUGAUAGUAAGACUCUACCCUUACACAAAAUCAUGGAAAGCGUCAUCGGCCGUAGAUACCUAUCGAUGUUCUUAGAAAAAAUGUGUUCACAAGGCCUAGUGGGGUUCUGGAUGGCGGUGGAGGAACUCCGCCACAGCCCCAGGAGUAGCUGGCAUCAGCUGGGAGCCGAGAUAUUUUACACUUAUAUUAGAUCGCCUAGCGCGGAAAUUAAAGUUGAUAAGGAUACGAGAAAACGUAUGGAGGCUUUCUUACUCGGGGACAAAGGACCAGAGGUUUUUUACGAAGUUCAAGACACGGUAGUAGAUACGAUACAAGAGAAAUACUAUACUUCAUUUCUGUUGAGUGAGCAGUACAGAGCGUUUAUAGCGGAACUUGCGACUGAAGAAGCCAAUAAAGAAAUGAACUCCGAACGAUCGCCAAUAGAAGACCGUCAGUUAUCAAACGAGUCCGUGUCAUCAGCGGAAAGCGUGGCAGGCGCGUUGCAUCUUAACGAACAUUCCACUUACGCUAGAAGAAAACUCGACCAAUUGCAAGAGAGGCACAACAAUAAAAUACAGGCACUCGCAGCCCUUCGAGCGUCCCUAAAGCCAGAUUCCCCCGCUUUAGCAAUGCUAGCUAACGAAGUGGAGCGCUUAGCUGGCGAGCAGAUGCGUUUAGAAGCUCACUUGGCUCGGACCGACACUUGGGCGGAGCACCUCGGCCUGUGGCGAGCUACUGUGCAUAGCGCUGAGAUAAUAGACGAAUCAAAACCACCACAGUUUGUCAUAGUAGUUCACAUGGCUGAACAAGAAGUAAUAAGUUGCGACGACAGGCCUGAGCAAAUAUCCACUGGGUGGGUGCUAUUACGAACCCUAAACGAAUUCCAAGAAUUACAUCGAAAACUAAGGCCUCUGUGUUCGGAACUAAAAAACCUGGAGCUGCCAUCAAAUUCUUUUAAAUUUUUAUUUGGUAAAAACGAUAGGAACUCUUUAGAAAAAGCAAAAACUUUAAUACAGAAAUAUUUAGAAUUUGUAUUAGAAGACGAUAGACUAAACCAAAGCGAAGCUUUAUACACAUUCCUGAACCCCAGUUCAGAGUAUCUUAAACAAGGAGAAUUGCCAAAGAAAAAUAAGUUCUCUUUUUCUACAUUAUUUAAAAGUACGAGUAGCGAAGCAACGAGCCGAUCAUCUCAAGAGAAAGAAGCGUUCACGCACCUUUCGGCAGACGAGGACGAAAUAUCGUUGUACCUCGAUGGUAACGGAGGCGAUGCCGCCAAUAAAAACAUCACUACUGCUAUGCGUGGUACUGGCAUCGUCGGCGAAGAGAGAGACAGCAUAGCGGAACCGCUAUACGCUUUGUUGAGCGAAGUAUUCGACAUGCGAGGAGUGUUCCGAUGGCUCAGGAAAACUCUUGUCACGUUUGUGCAAAUCACAUACGGCAGGACGAUAAAUAGACAAAUCAAAGAAACGGUUUCCUGGUUAUUCUCGGAGCAGAUGCUUCAUUACUACAUCAGCGUGGUUCUAAAAUCGUGGUGGCCUGGUGGUGUUCUCAGUGAAACUACGUCCAAUCGGAACUUCCAAGAUAAAGAACAUACGCGAACGCUGGCAUCUCAGCAGCUGACAGAAAGCGUGGUGGAAGCGCUGUCUUCGCUGGUAGGCGCGCACGCCGCAGCCAGGGGCGCUCACAAGCUGUUCCUCACGCUACAGAACACUACACACAACAAACAGCUGUUCUAUGAACUCUUCGAACUAGUCUUACUGGAAGUGUUUCCGGAACUCAAAAGAUAUCACUAAUAUCUCAACUCGCUUAGGUAAGAUAAAGCCAUGACAAUAGAUUAACAAAAUUUCAUAUGAUCUUACAGGGAAUUUUAUCCAAAAACAAUGAUGUAAUAUUUUGGUACUCUUUAAGAGACAUUCCAAUAUACAUUCUUUGGUGAUUUGAAGGUUUUUAUUCCAAUAUUUAUUCGUUACCGAUACAAUACAGUAUUGAUCUCAUCUGUACUCAUACAUUUGUAGAUGUUAAUAUAUUUCGACUAGGCCUCUUUAUUAAUUUGUGCCAAAGAUUGCACUAAACAGUAAAUAACUGCUUUAAUUUAUUUUAAAUUAUCUUUAAUGGUUACUUUACAAAUGGCACUUUUGUACAAAUAUUCUUCUCACUAAGACCAGUGCAAAAGAAUUGACGAGUAUGAUGUUAUAACUCGAAUCAAUGGGUUUUUUUUUUUUCUUGGCUUUCGCGGUUUGCGUUUAGCCACAACGGUGUGGAUCAAUGGGUUUUCCAUAAUUACGCUCACCAGUUUGCGCCACUAGCGAGUAAAGGUGAGUAUAGACUGCAACAUUUCUAUGUAAUGUAACGUUCUUACGAAUGGUACAAUACAGGCAAAAGCUCAGUUAGCCUAAGCAUUUCUAUAUAAAAAUAGAAUAUAGAAUAUGAGAUCAUCAUAGGUGCUCUUGCAAAAGCUCGACGAAAUGUUACACCAAUAUGCUCGUUGGUUUUUAAAAGGCUGUAACAAAACAUCGAGCGUCGUGUUCGAAGAGCGUUCGAGUAAAUUUCAAAAUGGCGAAUGCUCGAUGUUCUGAUACAAGUAAAUGCUCUAGUCUAUACUCACCUUAAGAUUCUGUCAGUUGAUUGUGACUGUGAUAGUGGCGCUAACUUGUGAGUGCUGGAGCAGAAGGAUUAUCCCAUUAAUUUGCAAUCAUUUGGUUAUUAAGGAAAUUCUUAUUGUACAAAUGCGCUAUUUGUAGUCGCAAAUCUCUAUUGACUAUGAACUAUAUUAAUGAUUAUAAUAAUUUUCAACCUUCACAAAGAUCUGCUAGUAUAAUGUGAAGUUAUUGGAAAAUAGUAGAUAUUAAUUUAUUUUAAUUUAUCUAAUACUACAUGUUUAUGUAGUUAAAUGUGACUUAGAAUUAUGUGACGUUAUUUUAGUAUUGUGUUCGUGUUGUUCGGCUGUGCUAUAAAUGGUGCACUAUGCAUUUGUUACGUUACUGCACUGACUUUAAAGUUUAUUUUUAUUGACGUUUCAAUAAAAUGUGUCGGACCUAAAUUAUAAAUACGGGGUGUAUGGGACAGGUUGGCAAAAACUUAACCAGUACGCUUGGAUCACAUCUCUGAACUCGAUACUUGAAUUAUUUCAAAAGCUUUCUACUUAAUUUUAAUUCAACAACGAUUACUAAGUGUACCACUCAUUUUAAUAUACUACUUUUAGAAACUACAAAGAUAGGAAAUAAGAAUACAUUUCAAAAUUCCAGAAAACAAACUAAAUAAUAAUUUUCAAAUCAGAAGUAUCGACCGAACUUACUGACAAGUUUUUGUCCCUUACAUCCUGUAUGAUUUGUCAAAUGGACUUCGAAAUCUCGUAAAUAAGACAAUGUAGAAAUAAGUAUUACGCAAGUAUUAAAAAUACGAUUGCAAAUAAACCACUGAAAAUUAUCAUUGUCAAUAUAGUGACUAAAUAGCAUAGUAUUUUAAUUUCCCACCCAAGAAUACUCGUUUAGCUUAAGCACAAAUAAGCUGUUAAUCCCAAGUGAUUACAAAACUUUUACAAAAGAAAUUAUUUUCUACUCUUUACUAAAUGUUUAUUAUUAGUAUAUUAUGUCGGUCAUAACUAUUUAAAAGCAAAGAUUAUGUACGUACCUAUGUACCUAUUACUAUGUAUCGUUAUAAGGCAUUUUAUUUUAUAUUCGGUGUCUUUGGAACUAUCUACAAAGUGUUAUAUAAUAUUAUGCGAUUGUUGACUACGGUUAAGCAUCAUUAUGUAUGUAGGUAUAUGUAAUAAAAAUAAAGUGAUAUAUGUUA